AUGGACCUAGAGCCAGUCGGCGAUGCGGACGCAUCCAUGGCGGACGCGGCUGUAGAGAAAUUGCCCGGCCAAAGUCAGAUCGAGCGACUGCCCGCCGAGAUUCGCGCACAGAUCCUGGUCAAGGUACGACCUAACUACAUACCAUGUCUAGUGCUAUCAUGCAAGGCCUUUCACGCCGUGUUCAAGGACAUGGAGCCCUUCAUCGGAUUCGAGCUCAUCCGAACUCACUGCCCUCCGGAGCUUGUCCAGAUCAUAGUAGCACACUACGUGGUUGUCACGCGAGGAUGGCGUCCUCCGAGCCAAAAGGACUUGCCAAUCGACGACAUGAGGCACAUGAGAGAGUUCUGCCGGGACUACUUGGACCAGCGUGGGGUUCUGGCUCAGCCCAACCCGCACUUUUCUUUCCAAGAAGCGGAAGCCAUUCACGCCUAUUACCACGGUGUUACUGGGGUAGCGAAAAUAGUGCUCACAGUCAUGCGGGUGAAGCUGGAGACUUUUAACAGGGCAAUCACUCGCUGCGCAAGAGCGAUCUAUCUCCACGACAUGCUAGGCCACUUGCUUCACAACAAUAAGGGCGACGACUGCUAUCAAGUACGCGAUCUCUCAGGUCCCUGGGAUGUAUUCUGGCAGGGAGUACCGUUCUGGGAGUGGUCAAAAAUGCACACUAUGCAUGCAUUUCUGUUGCAAACGGCCGCCGACGUAGGUGGAACAAACCCAGACUUCGGUGUGAGUGCUCUCGUUUACGAAAAGGAGGGGGUGAGAUGCUUCUUCCCGCGGCUGGUGCGCAGAUGUCUUCAAGAGUGCCCCAGUCAAGAACAUGUCUCGUCACGUGCGUAUGAGUUUGCGUCCGUUUACAUGGUCAGGCCGGAGCAGCGUGCUAUGUUUACGAGAGCAAAUGGCACACCUGAUCUCGCCGCUGCUUUUUCUGCUCCUGUUCCAGGCGACGACGGCUCGCGGGACGCAUGGCUGUGGUGGUUUGUCUACUCGAGGUUGCGGAUUCGUGGUCACCCGCUCCCACCUUUCUUUCAACGCGCCAAAGAGCAGGAGACGAUGGAAUUACGCGGCGAAUGUGGUAUAGGCGUCGCCACAUCGGGCGUCUUGUUCCUGGAUCCUGAGGACAUAGAGGAAGUACUGGGAACUCAACCUACAGCCCAACAGUGCGCUGCCGCAGUGCGCGGGAUAUCUGUGGACUUCGAUGCGUUAUUCCUUCGGUAA